AUGGCAAACUUAACCCUCCAGUCAAAGUACAAGUUGCAAUCGGGACAUGAGAUCCCUGUUCUCGGAUAUGGCGUUUACAUGAUUUCCCCAUCCAAGACCGAGAAGGCUACUGCAGAAGCCCUCGAUACUGGAUUCCGUCAUGUGGACUCGGCAAUCAUGUAUGGCAACGAGAAGCCAUGCGGAAACGCAAUCCUGAACUCUGGACUAGAUCGUUCGGAGAUCUUCUUCACGACUAAGAUCCCGCCUGAGUCUAUGGGCUACGAGUCGACCAAGCGAGCUAUCAUUUCAAGCCUACGACAAGCUGGACAGGAAUACUUUGACCUACUCCUCCUGCACGCACCCUACGGCGGCAAAGGAGCCCGCCUAGGCUCCUGGGACGCCCUAGUCGAAGCCCAAAAAGCCGGCAAGGCAAAGUCAAUCGGUGUAUCAAACUACGGAAUCCACCACCUGCAAGAGCUAGAAGCAUACAUCCAAGCUGGCGGAGGCGGCCAAAUCGACGUCGGUCAAUACGAGCUGCAUCCGUGGCUGGAUCACUCUGAUAUCGUGGAGUGGUGUCAGAGUAGGAAGAUUAUUGUUGAGGCUUAUUCGCCGUUGGCACAUGGGACUAGACUUCGAGAGCCUGUUUUGGUUUCUAUUGGGGAGAAGUAUGGGAAAACGCCGGCGCAGGUUUUAAUUCGGUGGAGUUUGCAGAUGGGAUUCGUGCCUUUGCCCAAGUCCGUUACGCCGGGGCGGAUUCGGGAGAAUGUUGAUGUGUUUGACUUUGAGUUGGGGGCUGCUGAGAUGGAGUUGUUGGACACUGGGGAAUAUGAGCCUACGGAUUGGGAUCCGACUGUUGAUUCUGAUUAA